AUGACGAGGUUGACGUACUCAUUGCUGGAAACUAAGGACUGGACUGUACUUUCUUCCUUGCUUGGGGUAGAGAGUCUGGCUGGGGUGGAGGGUGGUGGUGGUAUGGAUGUACUUAGCUGCUGCUGGGUGAAGGAUACAUUCUUACCUCUGGGUGACAAUAACUCUCCAAAUGAGAUUGAAGAGGAAAAGAAAAAGCAUCAACGCAAUCAAAUUGAAACAUUAGAGGAAAAAGAUAAUGACAAUGUAAUUGAAAAUAGAACAAUUGGCAAAGUUGAUGAGCUGUUUCCUAUGGAGAGCAAUCAGCAUGGUAAAGAUAAGGAAAAUGAAAUCCCUGGGGAAGAAAUUCCAAUAAUGGGAAUUUCUUCUUCCAAGGAAAGUUCAACACCUGUGCACCAUCUUUUAAAGGGCAUAUUCUUUGAUUAUGGGACUGUCACAUCAGCAUCCAUCGAAGAAGGAAGGCCUUCAAAGAAAACAUCGAAUGAAAAGAACAAGGACAAAGUACAGAUGGAUGCAGAUGGUCUUGAGGCCCUCCUCACUGAGUCUUCUGACACAGCUACAGAGAAUUAUGAUUUACCUCCUUUCAACUGUAAGAAUGUUUUGUUGUUGAUUGACCAACAUAGGGUUGAUUGUAAAGAUCCUAUUAGCCUCUUGAAAAUUCGGGAUGCAGUUCUUAGAUUUGGACAAUCAAUAGAACUUUAAAAAGGACAUUAUACACUACUCACUGGAAAAGUUAAGAGUUUAGAAAACAAGAUCAGUGGACUAUGGGAAGAAUUAUCAGAAACAAAAGAAAUGAGUUCCCAGUUAGAGCAUCAAAAAGCAGAACAGGAUGGAGAAAUCUGUAGACUCAGGUUCCUGAUAGCAAUGAAAAAGAAAAAUAUCUGCUCCAUAAAAAUCAAACCCUACAGGAUGAAGCUGCCAUGUUUAAACUAGAGUUAGACAGAGUGAAAAUUAAGAAUUAGGAGAAAGAAAAUAAAUAUACAGAAGAAAAUAAAGUUUUGAAAGAAAAGAAUGAUGAGCUUCAAAAGGAAUUAAAACUGAAUAAAGAAGCAUUAACAAAAACAAUAUCCCAGUACAGCGGACAAGUAAAUGUUCUGACCACUGAGAAUGCAAUCCUGAACUCUAAAUUGGAGAAUGAAUAACAAAACAGAGACAGACUAGAGACAGAAAUUGAAUCAUACCAUUCCCGUCUGACUUCUGCUAUUCGUGAUCAUGAACAAAGUCAGACAUCAACAUGGGACCUUGAACAUACCUUUCAGCGAGAACGAGAUGAGUGGUUUCUUUUACAGGACAAACUAAAUUACGACUUAUCUAGUCUAAGAGAGAAGAAUGGUGUCCUUUCUCAAGAGCUCUCUAAAGCUGAAAGUAAAGCCAGUAGUUUAGAAAAUGAACUACACCAUGUACAUGAUUCUGUCAGAGAAAAGCCACUAAUUUCAGAAAGCACACAGACAGAAUUAAACCAGGCCCAAUAUAAAGCAAAGGAACUGGAAGAGACAAAUCAAAUGAAAAUGAAAAAACUGAACACAUAUGUCAUCAAAGAAGAAUGUAUCCAAGAAAGAUUAGCCCAAAUCCAGAGUGAAAAUAUGUUGCUUCGGCAACAGCUUGAAGAUGCCCAAAACAAAGAAGUUCUUAAAGAAAAGGUU